CACACCUUUUUAUAUCCCUUCUCACACCCCUCUCUUCAUCCGAUCCCACUUUUGUUAGCCCAAAAUCAAGAAACCCUUCACACAAUACCCCACCACCAACCAUGUCCACCAAACUACUCCUAACCCUAAUCCUCAUCUCUUACACCCUCUCCAAUGUCAUAGGAGAAGAAACGGGCUUUGUAGGCACACUACACCCCAAAUCCUUAGGUCUUCACAAGAAACAAACCCUAAGCCACUUCAAAUUCUACUGGCAUGACAUAGUGAGCAGUGGAGCCAACUCCACCUCAGCCACAAUCAUCCCACCACUCCCCAAAUACAACACAACCACUUCCUUCGGCAUGGUCAACGUCAUGGACAACCCCUUGACUCUGGGCCCCGAGCUGGGCUCCAAGCUCGUGGGCCGGGCCGAGGGGUUCUAUGCCCUAACCUCACAGUCCCAGAUCAACUUGCUUAUGGUCAUGAACUUUGCCUUGUUUGAAGGGAAGUACAACGGGAGCACCAUAACUAUCGUGGGGAGGAACGCUGUUAGUGAAAAUGAAAAGGAUAUUCCUGUGGUUGGUGGAAGUGGGGUUUUUAAGUUUGCUAAAGGCUAUGCUCAUGCCAAGACCUACUUCUUUGAUCCCAAGACUGGGGAUGCUACCACUGAGUACAACAUCUAUGUCCUCCAUUACGAGUAAACCAUUGAUUUGCAUUGCUCUCUCAAAUAUCAUCUUUUCUCUUAAAGAUUGUUUUUAUUACAAUAAUGAAAUUGUAUAAGUAUUCUCUAAAAUAUUCAAUAUCCAUCAAUUUUGUCCUUACGGUUGUAUAUUUUAAUAAUCGUAAGCGACUCAUUUGAAGAAUUUUUUUUCUAUCAAUAAUUGAGAGAUUAUUUAGUAUGAUUUCUAAUAAUUAAGAGAUUGGUUAUGUAAUUUUUUUUAUUUAAGACUAAUUAUGAGAGGAAAUAAUACUUAGAAAUGGAGUUGAUGAUUUAUAGUGAGAGACUUGUGAUUAUUUUAUCUUUUUGAGGGUUUUUCUUUUUGAGUUUAUUUUUCUCAUAUUUUUGUGUUUGGUACUUGUUACAAUGAUAUGAAUAAGAAUCUGAUAUUCUCUCUCC